AUGAAGCUCCUCGGAAGUGGUGGCAAGUGCGUCGAUGCCGGUGUAGUGAUAGGUUGCGUGCUGUUCGGUGUUUUACUGUCCCAGCUCGGACCGUGCAGUGCGUUCCUUACCGUGAAACACGUCGUGACGGAACGUAUCUCCAACCAGACGGAAUUCGUUAACAACGUGCUAAGUGAUGAAUUACCACUAAGAAUUGUGGAGCUUUCGCAUUACGUGUACGAUUGGGAUCACGAUACGCUGAAAGUGAAAGGAAAGUGGGUUCUGAGCUCACCCCACGACGAUUACCUGUACUUUGUAGAAUACACCGAAAAAAUUGACAAACAAACAGGUUUCAAGGAAAUUCUGAACGAUCUCUACUCAAAGAAGCUCAUCACCGAUAUCCGACGAGUCGAGCGGGUGAAACCACAAGCAUUCCACUUUGAAAAGACGAUCUUCUUCGGCAAAAAGUAAUUUUAAACGCACCAUUCGUCCCUCCGAAAGAGAAACAUGACAAUACAAACCUGAAGUAUC